GAAAAUUUCAUCAAAAGGCAUAACCUGCCAAGAAAAGUAUGUAGAAUCGCAUACGCUAUUUGGCAGGGGAUAGUUGUGCUCAUAAUGUGGUCCUAUUUCCUUUACUCGAUGGGAUUUUUCCCACCGCAAACCAUUGAGGAAGUCGAUUGGCUGUGCCCUCUAACCGACAUCAAGAACAUGGCUCACGGUUUAUGUUGGAUAGUAAAUCAGCACGUGGGACUCGUAUUUUUCUUGUUCGGCAACUUUGAAAGACUUCUGAAGCAGCUGAGCAUCACCAAGGAAGAGGUAAGUUUCCCGGAACGGGGAACUGGGGGAAGGAAGGAAACAGGGAAGAAGAGUAAGAGGAUUGCCCGGGGUUUAUUCCUAGGGAACCGUAAAUUACGCUUUACACGUUAUUUUAACCUCUUUAGAGAAAUUGUAAUGUGUAACCGUCCAGCCUAAGGUUACUGAGCACGAAAUUUGUAGUACUACUGUUGAAUAUGUUGCACAAGGAAAUCUAACGAUAUUAAAGCAGUCGUGGAACUCUACAGUGUAACCACAGGUGUCCCAAGCUCACGUUACGAGCGUGUUAUGUAAAUUAACUUUUUCACGAGAGAGUCGGUGUCGCGUUACAAGCAAAAUGUGAAAUAAAAUUCUGAGGUCUGCGAACGUUAAAUAUCAUAAUUUUUACUUUUUUUCUGUGAAAUAAAGAAAGAAGACGUACCUUUUAUGUACUACUGUGUUUUUGGUGUGAAUUUAUCGAUUUAGUCCGUUUUUUUGGCUGUUAUUGUUUGAUCCCUUCGUAUUAUGAAGAGAGUGACAGAGGUCAAACAAUAGCAGCCAAAAAAACCGACUACAGUUGACUCCCGAUAACUCGAACUCUUGCUAACUCGAACCUCGCGUUAACUCGAACCGAAAUCGAUUUCCCCUGGAUUUCAGUCAUACAUUUUCUGUAUAACUCGAACCCUCGAUAAUUCCAAUCUCCCGCUAACUCGAAAUAGUUUUGUUUCCCCUCAGAUCAUUUCUAUAUAAUUUUACCCUUGAUAACUCGAACCAUGUUUUGAGCCCGUAAAAGUCGGGAAAAAACAGUCUACUGGUGUCCCACACAUUGAAUUUUGAAUUUCCCAUUGACGUGUUGUAGGCAUAUAGUUUACUAUUGGAGGCUGAUGUUGUUUGUCACAAAUCUAACGUGAAACAGCUUUACUUCUCAAAACAGUAAAGCGCAUGCUCUAUUUAAGCAAGGUUUUGUUAUGUUACGUUCUUAUUUAUAAUCAAGAAGUAUCUUUUAAUUUUCACUUGACAUUUCUAUAAUUAAAUGUGAUUAAAAUGUUCACUGUGCAGUAAAAACUGUUUUUUUCCUUACUCCCGGCUAUUGUUUUCAAGCGCCCGAUAACUCGAACUCGCGAUAACUCGACCCUUUUUCGAGAUUUCCCUUCGAGUUCGAGUUAUCGGGAGUCGACUGUAAAUCGACAAAUUCACACCAAAAACACAGUAGUACAUAAAAGGUAAGACUCCUUUAUUUAAUUAAGGGAAAAAAAGUAAAAAUUAUGAUAUUUAGCGUUCGCAGACGAGACCUCAGAAUUUUAUUUCUCAUACAAAGUGUUGAUUGUUGCUCCUGAGCUUGGGUAGGGACACCUGUGGUGUAACCAUUCCAGUGAAUGCUACUGAGCAGUACUUUCCUGUGGUACUGCAGGAGCACCCAACGAGAAUAUAGUUCAAAACCACUUAACAUAGCAUUGUUAAACGUAUUUUAGUAGUUAAACGGUAAAUUAGGCAUAUUUUUAUCCCCUAAAAGUUUUUCAUCUGUUGGGAUUUCCUAGCUGAAAGUCUAGUGAUCCGAAAAUUAUAGGGAUCAAAAGUUACCUCUUCGAAAAUUUCAGCCAGAAAAAAGGCUCCCGAAAAUUCUAGGUGACCUUUUAAGGGUAAAAAUCCGUUAAAAAUGGGCAAUUAUACCAUUUUUUAGAUGUUCGAAAAUCCUAGGAGAGGCAGGCAAGCAAGAAAUUUUACAACAAAUGUUCCGAAAAUUCUAGAUCUCAAAUCGUCUUCCGAACAGAUAUUUUCCGAAAAUUGUCGUUGGGUGCCCCUGGUACUGUUUAUUAUGCUGUACAAGGUGGUUCUAACUUAUGAGUCUUUGGAUGAAAUCCUAAAGUGUGACCAUUCAAAUAAAAGCUACUGAGCAGUCCUUUCCUGUGUUACUGUUUAUUAUGCUGCACAAGGUGGUUCUAACUUAUGAGUCUUUGGAUGAAAUCCUAAAGUGUGACCAUUCAAAUAAAAGCUACUGAGCAGUACUUUCCUGUGGUGCUGUUUAUUAUGCUGUACAACGUGGUUCUAACUUUUGAGUCUGUGGAUGAAAUCCUAUGAUGUGACCAAAUGAAAGCUACUGGGCAAUACUUUCCUGUGGUACUGUUUAUUAUCCUGUAAAAAGAUGGUCUAGCUUUGAGUCUGUGGAUGUAAUCCUCAGCGCGACCAUUCAAAUAAAAGCUACCGAGUAGGACCUUCCGGAGAAAGUGGUUCAACUAACUGGUUGUUACGCAGCAUGCGAAACAGCUGUUUCUCCUCGCUAAAAGGCUGUGUUUGCAGACUAUUUAUUACAACAUGAAGAGGGUUCUGGCCUUUCAAAGAACUCAUCCACUAUUGAAACAUUCUUGUACUGUUGACGUUUUGAAAUACGGAAUUAAACGCAAGACGUUUUCUAUACUUAACGUCAGUGUUUCUAAAUUGUUUCUGCCAUCUUUAGGUGAAGAGAAGAGCUUCGUCCCACUCGAUCUCCGUGUUCCUGGUAAAUUCUGUGGCUUGGCUAUUUAUCGUUCCAAUAACUUUGCAUGCCACGCAAAUGUUAAUGCCAGAUUUUUUGCCAAUGCCAAGGUACAGAGAUGGAAAGAUCACGGCGACC